CCUGUUGUGUCUGACGAGAGACUCUGCGUGGGGGUUCUCGCUUGAUGUCAUUGGGAAAGACGCGUGAGCUGCGUUUACACCGUUAUCGCUCAUGCUCCGACGGAGUCUUCCUGCCUUUUCUUCCUUUACAGACGUACAUAAGGCUCUUAUACCUCCCCAGGCUGGAUUUUGACGUGUUUUGGGAUGAAGGAGAUGCGGCGGUGCUGCGCUCGUACAGAUGCGCGUGCAGCUGAGGAGAAAGAUGGACCAUAACACCGUCGACGAAAACGGCCCGAAACCGCUGUAACUCGCUGUCUUUCCGCCAUUUCCGUUCAAACCUCGCCGUCUAGAGCUUGUUUAACAUGGAUAUGUGGACGUCGAGCUGCAAUAGGCCCUCAGGACGGCAAACAAACCGUGAGGAACUGUAGCCCGUUAGGUCCUCACAAGAACACUGCAGUCACCAUAUGAUGAUGAUGAUGGAGAAACAGCCCUGAACUAUUAUUAGGAGGAAGAUCAGGGACUAAACCUGGUCUUAAUUGUGCUCUUCAAGGCUGCUGGGCUUCUAGCAUAUCAUAUACGAUAUCAUGCAGUCAGGCUUGAACCCUGAACAUCCUGUUUACUGACUGCUGUGUGACAUCUAUAGAGAGAGAUUUUCUCAGUUCUUCAGUCACACGUAACCAGAUAACUUGAGAUGGAUAAACUCACCAUUAUUUCAGGAUGUCUCUUUCUGGCUGCGGAUAUAUUUGCUAUAGCGAGCAUUGCCAAUCCAGACUGGAUCAAUACUGGCGAGUCAGCAGGAGCUCUUACGGUGGGGCUGGUGCGUCAGUGUCAGACCAUUCAUGGACGAGACCGAACCUGCAUCCCCCCGCGACUCCCCCCAGAGUGGGUCACCACGCUCUUCUUCAUCAUCAUGGGGAUCAUCUCCCUCACAGUCACUUGCGGCCUGUUGGUGGCCUCUCACUGGCGCCGAGAAGCCACAAAGUAUGCAAGAUGGAUCGCCUUCACUGGAAUGAUCUUGUUUUGUAUGGCGGCCCUUAUCUUCCCAAUAGGAUUUUACAUCAAUGAAGUAGGAGGACAACCCUACAAACUCCCAAACAACACAGUGGUGGGUUCCUCGUACGUACUGUUCGUGCUCUCCAUUUUCUUCACCAUAGUGGGGCUCCUGUUUGCUGGGAAAGUCUGCCUUCCUGGCUGAGCGGACAUUCCCAGCAGGGACAGCUGGGGUGUUCAAAGUGAAAACACAACAAAACUGCUCUUGAAGAGGAGGGGUAUCUUCCGGGGAUGGUAUAAUAUAUGAAAAUAACUAAUUAAACCGCAAAACAAGCAAGAAAAUGAAUGCACACACUGCAUAAUAGUGCUCCCCUUUGCCCAACCUGUGCUUCUUUAAACUCUGUCUUUAUGUUGCACAUGUGUCGGAUUUGACCGUUGAAGUAUGCAGGGCCCAUCCGAAACAGAAAGAGCACAUUGGUGGUUACCACAGCAAUUUUGUUUUUGUUGUUGUUCAAGGAAUAUUCUUCCAUUAUCUUCUGUUGAUUUAAGUUCUGCAGAGUUUCAUACAUGUAUGUCGCCCCCUGCCUUUGUGGAGAGGAACUACAAGAAAGUGUUGAAGAAGAAGUGCGGCUGUCAGCGGCCCAAGUGCUGGCCAGGACAUUGCGCUGUUACAAAAGAGGGAAAGGAAAAAGGGAACAGUAUUGAAAAACACUUUUUGGUCGAACACUACAUGAGGCGAACGCACCAGGACUGCCGGUCAGGACCCUGUAAGGCUGAGUCUCACCGUUUCACCUGUUACACACUCUGAUAUUGAUGGACGUGGCUCUGUAUCGGACUUCCAUACCAAAAGAAACUCCUGACUGCUCUCACUUGAGCAUCGGGGGUGUUCAAUUCGGUUUGUGGUUUGACUUUAUACCCAAGCAUCUUUUCUUGUUUUGAUUGCUAGAAUUUCAAAACCCUUUUGUUUGGUUUGAUUUGCUACUGUGACAUUAACCUGUUUUCAUUGUUGUAUGAAAGCUAAGGGCAUGAGUUCUGUUUUAGGGAGCACUGUGCGGUAGGUGAAGCAUUGCAGAUGUACAAAAAGAGAACCCCUUACCUCAUUAUUUUACAUUUAAGAAUUUUUUUCCCUUACUAUGACAAAAAAGUGUGCCCUGUAAGUUAUAUUCUGCCUUAAUCACAGACGUUUGAUUUAAAAUGCUUUGAUCAUGGCACAUUAUUUAUCUGACACUGAAUAAAAGGCGAUCAAGAAUGAUUGUUACAUCAACCCACUCUUUAUUCUUUUUCUCAAGCAAUCCUCAUUAGGUACAGCAAAAAUGCGCUGUUUUAAGAAUGUGUCUUUGCAAUGGAAAAACAUCUGAAUUAUUUAUGUUAGAUGUUACAUUUCCCCACAAGUUGUUGUUUAUUUUAUAAAAUAUCCUAUUUGUGUUUUUGAUUUGAAUGUGUGCUUUCAUUUUUGUUUCAUAAAAAAAAAUCUAUUUAAAGGGAUAGUUCACCCAAGUAUUACAAUUGAGUCAUCGUUUACCCUCAUGGUGUUUCAAACCCAUUUGACUGUUACACUCAAAAAAUGUCAAGUCAUUAACCUUAUUUGAAUUUGAGAGUUUUUACAAGCAAUUUACUUUCAUUCAUAAAUCAGUUUCAUUUAGCCACCAAAAUGUGGUUGGAAAAUGUCAAAUCAAUGAACUAUAGUACUAUAUGUACAAUGUACUCAACUUUAGUUGAGUUAACAAUUUUUUUUUAUGUUUAUUUUAAUUAAUUUUCUUAUGAUGGUCCAACUUUAUAUUAUUAAUCAUUAGUAUAUGCCAGGUGAGCCAGUGAAACUGUUGCACUGUCACUUUAAUAGCAACACUCGAAUCAAACAUCACUUGAAACUGAACGUCUAUCCUCAAACUGAUCACAGGUGCCAAUCUUCACAUUGGUUACCCCCAAAACUCCAGCCUAACAGACUCGCUGUUUAAAUGCCAAUAUAACAGAACAUUAAAAAUGAUCAAAUCUUCUAUUCUCAUCUUGCUCAAAAAUGCACAAAAUAAAACUUAUUUUCAACAUUUGUUCACCCCAUCCAGUCCUGUGCAAAGCAUGCUGGGAAAUGAAGUCUUCUGCCAAUUUCAUCAAUGCUACAAAAAGUAGUCAUGUAGUCCAAACUGGAUUAAGUAAUCUUCCAUUUUACCAAUUUAAUUGGAUAGAACACAAUGAAAUUAAGUUGACAAAAUGUUCUAGAAUUGUGUUGCUUUAUCUUAUUUUAAUGAAGUAAACUACAACAACCUGCAAAAAAAAAAAUUGUGUGUGUGGACUGUGGCAAGAAAAGGUAUGCGAACCCUUUGGAAUUAGCUGGUUUUCUGCAUUUAUUGCUCAUAAAAUGUGAUCUUCAUCAAAGUCACAAGUGUUGACAAACACCAUGUGCUAAAGCUAACAACACACAAAUAAUUAUAAUCAUUCAUGUUCUUAUUGAACACAUACCAUUAAACAUUCAUAGUGCUGUGGAAAAAGUAAAUGAAUCCUUAGGCUAAAGAUGAUGACAAAAAGCUAAUUCGAGUCAGGAGUUUGCAAACCUGGCAUCAAUUAAUGAAACUAGAUUGGAGGUGUGGGUUAGAGCUACUUUGACUUAUAAAAAGUACUCAAACAUUUUGAGUUUGCUAUUCACAAGAAGCAUCUGCUGACGUGGAGUAUUUAUUGAUGUAAUACAUGGAAUUAUGAAAAUCACACACAGAAAUCAGUCAUUCAGGUUUGGAACAGCAUGAGGGUGAAUGGUGAAUAUUUUUGGUCCUGUAAGAAAGUUCAUGCUCACAGUUUUGGAAGACGGCACAUUUCUUGGAAGAAUAUAAUUUUUGUUAUAGAGACGACGAAAAGAUACAAAUGUAUUUAUGCAAAUUUGAUCUGAUUCUCUCCAAUAUAUGGGGUAAAAGCAUACUAUUCUUUGUUCAAAGAAUUACAAAAGAUGUUUAUAAUAGAAACAACUCAAAAAAGACUAAUUUAACCAUCUCCCAUAUGCAUUUAGGCAAGAAUUGUACAAUUGCUUUUGGCAAAACAUGCUACACUCCUCCUCGCACUGGCACCUAAAUGAAUGAGAACUGUGCCAACGUUGGUUGGCCUCAGUGGAAGACGUCGCCUCUAUGCUAAACACCGCUCCUGCUUUGGAUAUGUAUUUUUGAAGCCCAUCAUAAACUGGAAAAAAGUGACAUUUGCUUAUAGGGCAAUGAAAAGCUAUUAUUUAUGAUUUCAAAAUGGGAAGGAAACAAAUGUAUGAGUGAUAGUCCUUGUGCACAGUUACUGUUAACAGAUUCAUAUUUCUGACUGUUAACUUUUCUCUGCUUCUCUUUGUUUCGAUAUCUCACUGUAUACAAUAAAAGGCAUAAAAGAAGGUGUACUGCUUGAGUUUAAGUUGACCCAUUGAACCCUCUGAUGCAUGAAUUA